CAUACCACUCUGCAGCUCCUAAUAUAGACCCAACUGGUUUGUAACCAAACAGUCCCUGUCAUUCGAGAUCUGCUUUUUUUUUCAUGGACCAGCAGGAUAAUGGAGCCUCUUUCACAGGUGUCGUGUUCACCAGAGGAGCCGACGGUGAAGAAACAAGAGGCUGACACCACAGUCUACCUGAACUUCAUGAAAAGUCACACUUGCUACGACGCCAUUCCAAUCAGCUGCAAACUGGUCAUAUUUGAUACAACAUUACAGGUGAAAAAGGCCUUUUUUGCCCUGGUGGCAAAUGGCCUGAGGGCUGCGCCGCUCUGGGACAGCAAGUUGCAGAGAUUUGUGGGUAUGCUGACUAUUACUGAUUUCAUCAACAUACUCCACUGCUAUUACAAGUCACCUCUGGUCCAAAUGUAUGGACUGGAGAGCCAUAAGAUUGAAACGUGGAGAGGUGAUUCCCUUCAAAACGUGUACUUAAAGUCUCCAACUCAGUUCCUCAUCAGUAUUUCUCCACAGGCCAGCCUCUUCGAUGCCAUCUAUUCCUUACUCAGAUACAAGAUCCACAGGCUGCCAGUCAUCGACCCGGAGUCGGGAAACGUUCUCCACAUCCUGACUCACAAGCGAAUCCUCAAGUUCCUGCAUAUAUUUGGGAAAAAUUUGCCCAAGCCUGCAUUUCUGAAGAGGCCGGUCCAGGAGCUGGGCAUAGGGACGUUCAGGAACAUCGCUACAGUCCACCAAGCAUCACCGCUUUAUGAAGCCCUGUCCAUAUUUGUGGAGCGGCGAGUGUCAGCACUUCCUGUGGUGGAUGGACAAAGCAAAGUGGUGGCACUCUACUCGAGAUUUGAUGUCAUCAAUCUGGCAGCCCAGAAGACCUACAACAACCUGGACAUAACGAUGGAGGAAGCCAUUCGCAGACGCACGUGUUGCGUUGAGGGUGUGAUGAAGUGCUAUCCAGAUGAGUCUUUAGAAGCGGUUAUAGAUCGGAUAGUUAAAGCAGAGGUCCACCGGCUGGUUCUGGUGGACAGGCUGGAUGUUGUGAAGGGUAUUAUCUCUCUGUCUGACCUCCUGCAGGCUUUGGUCCUCACACCUGCAGGGAUCGAUGCUCUUCUGUCUUAGGAGGAAAUAGAAGAAGUUCCUCUUUUCUGCUUUUCUGCCUUUGCGGGCUUGACGUCUGGCAACGUGCAAAAGCAGGUACACUCUGAAGUUUCUCCACUCUUAGCAACAACCGUCCACCAUCUUAUUUAGCUCCCAUAACCAUGGUGUUUGUUUUCAUUCAUUUCUAAGAUGAAAAAUAUGAAAGAUCAUGUUUGGGAAGCACCAGAUGUAGGUAGUUUGAAAGGAGAGAAGAUGGCCAGGCUGUAAGAUGAUGAGUGUCUCCAAUCCCAUCUCUCACCAGGCUCCUCACACUGACUCAGUUUGCACAACGCAAUCAAUGUUUACUCUCUGUAAUCCUGUUUAUAUUCAGUACAUGUGAACAGAUCCAGAUGUUUUUUUUUUGUGUGUGUGUGUGUGUACUGUCACAAACAGCCAGCAGGAACCCACUCUAGUUUUCUUUAACCCACUCUCUUCCCCCACUUUACACGGUAAACAAGAAGCACGUGACCUUUCUCCUUAUCUGUGACGACGCUGAUGACGCCGCCGCCCAUCUGCGCUCCUCCCGUUGAGGGCGUCAAGCUGAAACGAUGAGAAGCGACAGCGGAAGUAGAUGUUUUUGAGCAAACGUGAAUCAAAAGGCGAUGUCAACGAUUCGACAUAUAUUUGAGUGUUUGUUUAUUCGUUAUUUUCAGUGCAAUUUAACAAUUAAUCCCAAAUGGGAAUUUGAUAAAAAAUAAAUGAAUUAAUUAAUAACCUUCUGGUACCAUUGUUGCUUUGUAGUAAGUAAUGAGGUGUAAUAAUAAUAAUGAUACUACUACUAAUAAUAAUAA